AUGAGAGCGAUGCCUGUUGCCUUUCCCACGAAGGCUUGGAACCCACACACGCAACCCUCUCUCUCGUUUCCUCCCCUGCCGAUUUGCCGCCGCCUCCGCCUCCGCCAAAUCCACAUCGCCGAUGUGCCCCGUUGCCGGAACGAGACAGGGGGGAUGGGAGCCGGAUGAGGGUGGAGUCGCUUUCCGUGGCCGCGGUGGGCGGAGGGCGAGGGCGAGAUGGGAGGCGGGACGAGGGCGGCGUGGCAUUCCGUGGCCGCGGUGGCCGGUGGGCGAGGGAGAGAGGGGAGGCCGGACGAGGGAGGCGUGGUGUUCCGUGGCCAGAGUUCGCCAGGAGAGGGUCCAGGCUGCUCUACGAGGUUCUUCUCCGGCGACGACGCGACAGAGUUUCGCUGUCAACAAGCUCCUCUCACACCCAUCUUCUUCUCCCCUUGGUUGUCAACGCCUGUAGCUGGCUGCGACCAAGCACGAACCGGCUACCUCUAGAUGGGCACUGGCUGCUCCACGCACGGACGGCAAGCACGGCGACCAUGACCAAGGAGGAGGGUAUGAUGUGGGAUUUGAGGGAGCGUAUGAAGAGCAAAAUGAUGAAAUCCAUCAGGUCUCUGCUAUGUAAGCUGGAAGCUGGCAUCUUGAUGUUUGUUAUCCCCAUCCUUCUUGGACACCUGGAAACUCACGGGUGAAUUGUCAGCACAUCAGGAUUUAGAUUGCUGGCCCAACCUUCUCCUCUCGGAU